UUCAGCUGAGACUGGCGUGUGAACUCUCGGAGAAGCAGUGAAUAUAAAACUUUCCCUCUUUAUGCCCCCCAACCUCCACCCCUUUCCGGGCUCUCUCCAGAGGUCUGCUCAGCAUCAGCGGAGGACUGAGGUAACGCCAAGGACUUUUGCGUUCAGUAACAAUGUAAAAUAACUCUCGCAAUCUCUCUCCCAAAUCCCAGCUGGACUACAGUGGAUGUUUCUUGUUAACCUGGUCUAUUUGUUAUCACAUAAUUCACUAUGGUUUUCAGUGGGAGCCCUCCCUUGGAGCGCAGAAUACGCACGGUCGUUUUGGCACUAUUUCUUUGCGCACAGGCCGGUUUUGGUUUCUCAGUCGCCGGACAGGAUGGCACCUGCGAGGCCAACGGGAGCAUAUACUUCGUGGGGGAAUGGUAUUUUCUGGAAUCUGAUCACUGCACCCAGUGUGAAUGCACCAGUGAGGGCUCUGCAUGUUCCCGCACUGAGUGCACCUCUCUCCCGGAUGCAUGCAUCCAUGUGAGCCACUACCCGACCGACUGCUGCCCCAGGUGCGAGAAGAUCGGGUGUGAGUACCGAGGAGUGGUGUACGACCUGGGGCAGAACUUCCAGCCAUCAGAAUGUGAGCAGUGCACUUGUGACAGUGAUGGUAUCGCCCGCUGUCUAGUUGCAGAUUGUGCCCCGCCACCAUGUGUCAACCCCAAUUACCAGCCUGGGAAAUGCUGCCCUGAAUGCAAGGAGGGUCCUAAUUGCUACGUGAAUGCAUCCCGCAGCCAGGUGAUUCCUGCAGGAGAGCCCAUCUGGGUCGACUCCUGCACCAAGUGCCGCUGUCACGAUGGCCAGGAUGCCGGCUUCUGGGAGGGAAACCGCCUCGCCUCCUGCUCCCGCCUCAAAAACUGUACGCCUGAACAACCAUCCGUCAAGAAAAACUGAUUCACUCUGUCAGCAGAAUAUACAAUCCCCCGAUGUCUGAUCAACUUCCAUCUCUAAAAACAUUCUCUUUUGCAGCUGAAAAGGGAUUAUCUGCAACUUCCAAAAGCCAUCAAAGCAGAUUAGCUCCCAUUCAACAAGGAGUUUUGUUCGUUUAACAUUUCUGCAACAUUGAUGAGACCCAUUGAGUUUG